GCCGCGCGGAGAAGAGCCGGGCGAGAGGCAGAUGAGCAGAGCUGGCAAUUGGGAAGAAAAGCUGAAUGUGAAAUGGAGCUGAGCAGGAACUAACCGGAACCUGCAAGACAAACCAGAGCCUGUGUUGGACUUCUACCUCCUCCAGCCCCAGUGACCUGGAAGAACCGUAGAAGGAGCCGGCACUAUUCACUGGAACACUAUUCAUGCACCGACCAGAAGCUGGAGAUGAGGAUCUGGUGGGAGGCAAAGGACCAUAGCCUGACUGCCAUCUGACAUCACCAAGAAAACCCUCCAACAGCAGUGUGGAGAAUUGAAGAAGGUACAGAUUGGAGGCAGAGAGAUUAUAUAAGAAGCUCUUGAAAUAAUUAUGGCAAGAAAUAAUUGGUCCUUCAGAGAAAUCAUCCCUGAUUGUGUCUUCACUCUGACCUGCGACAGCUUCCCAGUGGGAGCACUGCUCAGGGGAGAGCUCUGAGGUUUUCCUGAAGAGAAAUUCCAUGGGGACUGUACCUGACCCUCUAAUAUUAGCUAACACUUCCCUGAUCACAGCUACCGGAAAAGAAGAGGACCUAGGAGAGGUACAGGCGGCCUCACCUCCGCCUCAACCAGCCCUCCUGUGUAAGAACAUCGAUGGCCUUUCCAGCAAGCCUCGGGAACCAGCCCUCAGCCCCCGGGCAGCUUCGGAGGCCCUGAUGCAGGCCUGUGAGCAUGAGGCCGCGCGGCCAGACAUGUCUUCUCCUGGCAUCUUCAAUGAGGUGGAGAAAGCAUCUCCCACACUCAACUCCCCUGGCAAUACCCAGCGGCCAGGAAACAGCAAGCCCACAGCACCAACCCCGUGUUCUGCAGCAGUGGAGGAUCUUAUACACACAGCGUGUACCAUGCCAGCCAGUCAGCACAACCACCAGGCCAUCCCAGGGGGCCAGCCCAACGCCAGCGCCUCCUCGGCAUCUGAAGAGACACUGGGGAAAUCAGAGAGAACCUCAGAUGGAGAGCAAUCUAAGACACCGAGUUGUCCUGUGGGAGGCACUUGUAGCAGCAGCCAAGAUCAAGUGCCCUGUGAUUUUCCCUCUCAAGACACAAUCCCGGGAGUGGUGCAGACUGCAAACACAGCCCCCAGGAUGCUCAGUCAUGCCACCCCUCCUGCAGGCGGGCCUGAAGGGGACAGGCAGGGAGCCAUGUCCGACGCCAAGACCAGGGCCUGUGACUCUCCAGCCGGAGAAGACGGGUGUUCAGGGAACACACAGCCCUCUGCCACCACCGCUGACACCCAGGCGGUGAGUCCUGGGACACCUCAACCAUCCCACCUCUCCAGCAAAGGUUCGACGUUUCCUCCAGAGCCAGAGAAGACGCUGCCAGCAGCACAGCACCAGGCGUCCAGGUUCAAAGAAGCCAGUACAAUGACCAAUCAGGCUGAAAAUGAGAUCAAGGAAGUUCCCAGCAGGGCUCAGCAAGAUGCGGAGGUGCAGGCCGUGGCCAGUGUCGAGAGCAGAUCCGUCUCCACCAGCCCCAGCAUCCUCACUGCGUUCUUAAAGGAAAGCCCCGCUCCUGAGCGUUUGGAACAAGAGCAGCUACGUGUGGUUUGCCACGGCAGUGGGAGCCAGGUGUUGGAGCUGUCAGUCAACAAGCUAUCCCCCCAGGAGUCGGGGCGGUGCCCUGGCAUCACGCCAGAGGUGCACAGCCAGGCAGCUGCAGCUGUCUCCACAGCUCUCCAAGGAGAUAGGAGAUGGGUGAGCCUGCCAGGGGAGGUCCCCAAUACCUCAUCCAUCAAUGAGGCAUCCAGCAAUGCCCAGGAUAAACAUACAGAUGAUGGGAGGUCAGCUGGAAUGACCCCAGGGAGGGCAGAGCCCACUUCUAAACAGCUUUCUGCUAAUUCUAGCUCCCUGAAAGCUAGCCUCACUGACCAGAUUUCCAUUAGUGCAGGAAGUCAAGAUGAAACCAGUCACGGGUUGGGGACAUUUGGAACCAAGCCAUCUGAGCUUGCAGUGAAAACCACAGGUGGCCACAAAACAGACCCUGAUUGCAAACUCUCCGCCUCCUGUGGGCCUGCCAGCAAAGCUGACCAGCUCGGGGGCUCGGACCCCACGGAUAAAGGUGAUGCAAGAGAGAAGAAGCCCGCAUCGCUUCCGGUAGGAAAAGAACAAGAAUUGAAAGGCACGAAUCUCCUGGAUGGGAAAGCCAGGGCAGAGGGCAAAAGCGUACUGCUCAAUCCUAAAGCUCAAGAGAGUGGAGGCUCGGGGUCAGCUGCCAGUCCCACACCCUCCCCCGUUAGAAAUAACCAGGAGGGCACCGUGGAGGAACACAGGCCGGCCAAACCAGCCACCAGCCUGAGCCUGCCGUCCGAACCCAUGGGUGACUCCAGUCCUAGUUCGGGCAAGAAGACCCCUUCUCGCUCGGUCAAGGCCAGCCCGCGCCGGGCCAGCCGGGUCAGCGAGUUCCUCAAGGAGCUCAACGUGACAGCGGCCGCCCAGGUGGGGCUCACCCCGGGAGAGAAGAAGAAGCAGCUUGGCGCCGACUCCAAGCUGCCCUUGAAACAGUCCAAGCGGGUCAGGGACGUGGUGUGGGACGAGCAGGGCAUGACCUGGGAGGUGUACGGCGCUUCCCUGGACCCCGAGUCGCUGGGCGUCGCCAUCCAGAACCAUUUACAGAGACAGAUCCGGGAGCACGAGAAAUCCAUCAAAGCGCAAAGCAGCCAGGCCCGGCGGUCCAUUUCCUCGGAUACGUCUUCGAAUAAGAAACUCAAAGGCAGGCAGCACGGCGUGUUCCAGUCCAUGCUGCAGAACUUCCGGCGCCCCAACUGCUGCGUCCGCCCUGCCCCGUCCUCGGUGUUAGAUUGACGGGGAGCAUGUGUGGGACCCUUGGUACACCUUGAGGGUCUUCCUACGGGUCGGUCCAGGUCAGAGCUUGCUCGGUUUCCUCCCGCCCCCAGCCCCCAGAGACCAAGAAGAGAAAGCUGAGUAUUAACUACAGGAAAUUGCUACUAAGAAUUGCUGGGUCCUUUGACUGGAGCCCCAUAAAUUAAAAUAUCUUUUCAGUUCGGGUCACACAAGGGAAACGAAGACAUUUCACUCUGCAAGAAGGAACGAGAGAAAAGCAAGCUUCCCUGAAAGUUCUCCACCUCAAUCAAGAGGAAAUAAGAUUCACUGGGGUUUUUUUCAUAGGUUGUUGCUUAGAGAGCCAGAAUUGUUAUGAUAUGUGUGUCAUUUUGUGCCACUGUCUCAAUUGAACGCACUAUGGUAUUUCCAUUAAAACCCCGGCUUUGUGUUAAAAAUACCAGAAACACUAUUAGCAAAACCACCGUUACACUUUCUAGUCCUGUUGCAACAAGAAUACUGUUACCAUGCAAAAUUUAAGUAGCUGAUAAGAACUAUAAUGGAAAAAAGGUAAAACAAAUUUGACUCAUUCCUAGGCCAGAGGACAUGAAGUAAAAGCAUUUAAAUGCAUACGAUGCCAAAUAUGAAUUAAUAUUUGUAAACGUCUACAGAUAACCAUUUUUGUAAACCUUGUUAUACCUCUUCAUAAAUUUAAGAAAGUUAUAGGAGGGAAAUUAGCUAUGCUUUCGAAUAUGAAUACUGCCCACAUAAUACAUGAAUUUAUAUAUAUAGAUUUUCCAGCACCAAAGGCAAGAUGCAUCUCUGUGAUUCAGACUAGAUUAAAUUCCCAUUUCCUUACCCCAGAGAAAGUACAUGUGGCUGAAUUCUUGAAAAAAGUCAUCAAGUUAUUGAUAAUAUUAAAUUUUAUGUUGUACGGGUGUUCUCCAAAAGCAUUCUACUGAAAUGUUA